UCUGUGCGACUGCAUAGACGCAGCAAGAGUUGGCUAGUCGGAGUGAGUUCAACUUUUCCCACUUCUGUGAUUUGAGUUAGACGCGCAGUGCGAAAUCGCUUUUGAGAUGUGUUGAUGUCAAUUAUAGGCUAAACUCUUUGUUUAUUACUGGAUUACUGCAAACUGUCUCAAUGCGCAACAAGAUACCCUGCACGUUUUUCCCUCGCGGCAGUGAGUAUAUGUGAUUUAUUUCAAGCAGUUGGAGUUUUGUCCACUGAGGGAUUUCUGUGCGUGGAGAAGGAAGAAUCAAAUAUGAGCACCUUUACUAGUGUAAACUGGUUAAAAACUCGCGACCAGGAGGGGGUAUGGAACAAGGGGAGCUGUUUGUGACAUUUUCUGUCGAGAAACGUGGAUUACGGACCACCAAAUGGAAACCUUUGAUCCAGAAAGUUAACUUUUAAGCUGUUGCAUGCGGGCACAUGAAGGAAUGGCAAACUCUGGCAACUCAGUCACUCCCUGCCUGUGGAUAUUGUUUUUGUACAUCGGCAUUGUGUUCUUUAAUGCUUUAUCCACCGCGUCUCCGACACACAGCCAGCGUUUGAUAUGCUGGCAGGCUAUCAUGAAGUGCCAAGGAGAGCCUGAUUGUCAUUACGCGUAUACUCAGUAUGUUCACGCGUGCGAUCCGGUGAUAAAGGGCAACAAGAAGGUAUGUCCCAGCCACUGCAUUUCUUCCAUCAUUCAGCUCAACCUAACAGUGAACGGCCCUGCACUGGAAGACUGCGAAUGCGCCUCGGACACUGUGUGUAUGAUGACCAAGCGAGCCAUCGAGCCAUGCAUGCCCAGAACCAGCCACAUGGGCUGCACCGAAGCCCGUAAACAGUGCGAGAAGGACCCCGAGUGCAAGACUGCCAUGCUGGACUAUCUGUACCACUGCAGGAAACUCUUCGGAGGAAACCGCUGCUCGGACGACUGCCGGACGCUAAUCGCCAACAUGCGCUCCAACCCCAAAGCACAGCUCCUUGACACCUGCGUGUGCGACGGUAAUGAAAGGACCACAUGCGAGUAUGUCAAAUUCAGCAUGAAAAACUUAUGCUUUGGCGACGGUUAUGGCGGGAGUGGCUUUUCAGAUACCGAGGAUGAUUUGGAGGAAGACUACGAGAUGGAUUAUGAGGACGAAGCGAGCGAUGCCCGGGAGUUACGAACACAAACGAGAUUGAUUGUGUUGUCCACCAUUUUGACCUUUUUUCUUGUGUUGUAUUAAGAUACUGUUUUCAUAAUUCAGUGGAUAGCUGGCCCCUGAAAGUUGUUCCCAUCACAAAUAAUCGCCUAAAUUUUAAGUUAAAAUGAAGUGUUUUUUUAAUAUCUCAUACUUGACUCAAUGCAACUUUUCAAUGCUCUGACGUUUCUUCUCAGAAAAAAAGCGAGUUUUUACAGUUGUAAACUCCCAGUUGUGCUAUUUAUUUGAUUUGUAUUAUUUUCAUUUAGGACUCUUAAUUUACAUUUGUCACUUUAGCCUACAGAAGUUAGUCUUGUGAGAAAUAAACCCAGAAUUAUGAGAACACAAACUUACAAUUGUGAGAAAUAUAUAUGCAGUUCAGAAGGGAAAAUGUUUAGAUUAAUUUAGUCAAAAAUUGUCAAGAAAAUUGAUAUUGUGAAAAGUAAGAAUUCUGAGAUGUUAACUCAAAAUUGCAGUAACUGAGUGAAAAAAGUUCUUCCCAUGUUUACUGGGUUUCCUCCGGGUGCUCCAGUUUCCCUCACAGUCCAAAGACAUGCGCUAUAGGUAAAUUGGGGUAACUAAUUUGGCCUUAGUGUAUGGGUUUGUGUGUGAAUGCGAGAGUGUAUGGGUGUUUCCCAGUACUGGGUUGUGGUCAGUACUGGGUUACACGGGUCAUAUGCUGGAAUAGUAGGCGAAUCAUUCUUUUUUUUUUUGCAUAGGUAUCUGCGUAUUUAUCCUGGAUGGAAAUAAAUGGUAAUUUGGUUACAGCUAAAGUACACGUGUACUUUCCAUGAUCUGUAUUGGAUACAAGUAGCUUUUUAGCCUACUUAUCACUUCAUUGUAGGUUUAAGGUAACUCAAACCAUUUGAGGAAAACAUUUGCAACAAACCAUUUAAGUUCAAAAACUAAUCCUAAUGGGUACUGUGAACUUUAAUCCAUUUGAGUAAAUGAAGCAAUUUGAGGACGGUAAAACCCAAUAAAUGAAGAGAACUCAAACCGAGUACUGUAAAACCUAAUAAGUUAAUGCAACUCAAACCACUUGAGGAAACCGAUUGCUACAAACCAUUUGAGUAAAAAAGAAACGAAUCUGUAUGAGUACUGUGAACUUUCUCCAUUUAAGUUGAAGUAAUGAGGUAUUUAAUUAACUCAUUAUCUUUAACACUGAGUUCAAAACUCUUUUCAAAUGAGUAGAAUUAAUUUUCAGUAAAUUGAGUUAACUACACAUUUCAUUUGAUAAAGUAGACGGUUGAGUUUUACACUGUGUGAAAAACAAGUAAAGUGACAGAAAAGAAGCACCCUGGAAGUGAUCGAAUAGUCUGAUUAAGUAUUUGACCCAAUUUGCAGCCAUUCAUUAAGUGAUAUUUUUCAUUGAGCAGAAAGUCUUGUCUUGAGUUUUUACUGUUGUACGGUAACUUUUCUUUACAUUUGCUUUUGAUUAAUGUACAGGUACACUAGAGAGAUGGGCAACUGUAAAAUAAGAACAAGUGGUCAAGCCAGAAUCACAUAGCUAAAGGUCUUUUCAAAACCUAUUUGAGGUACACCGAAUGAAAAUACUCGAGUUGUCUUUGAUGUAAAGAAAAUAUGCUCUACGAUAUAUUAAGUUAUUUUGAACUAUAUGUUUGAAACCGUUAAUCAAAGAGAUGAAAAUACUGGAAGUUUAUUUUUGUAUAAAAGAUUGUUUAAUGUAAAUUGUAGGUAACAACAUAUUGUAAAUGUGUAUAGUGAUUCUGUAUCAUAAUUGUGUAAAUAAUGUUGAUAAUGCAGUGUAAACCUCAUCAUGCUUAUAAAGAUUGCCUUCAAAUUAUUUCAAAGAUCAAAUUACUUUUUUGCAUGGUUAUUUCAUACACAAAAAGUGGCCAUACAUUUUUAAUAAAAUAGCUGAAAUAAUUGUACACAUGAAGAGUUUAGAUGCCAAAACCUCUAAAUGCCAUCUAAAUUUUUCCUCUAAAAUGAGCUUUUUUUAUCAGGCUCCUGUGUGUAUGUUCAGUAAUAUCACUUUUGUGGCAAAGAAUAAGUCCUUUUCCUGGUAUUUAAAGUGAAAAUCUCAGCAUGAACAAAGGAGGUUGAGAAAUUUUUUUAUUUUAUUAUUAAAAAUUUCA